GUCUGCUGACCUCAUACUUUUUCAUCCAGCGUUCAUCGGCUCUUCUCUCCAGUGCAAACACGUAGACGAUAAACGCGGCGAGCGGACUUUGUGGAAUAGUUCAUUUCGCGGCGGACGGACGCAGAAUGGAUUGUUUGGCGUGAUUUGUUUUGACCGAAGGAUUUAAGACAAGCUCCUUUAGGGUUAAAAAAGAAACAGAAGGAUACACGUUGACAAAAGACCCCUAUGAGGCUUCGAAAGUGAGGAGAGAAAACUAGUAAUAACAGCCAUAAGAUGGACCUGAAGCUACUUUUCAUAUCAACAUUAUUAGGGAUCAUUUGUUGCAGCAGCGCACAGCAAGAGGGAAACGAGUGCAUCAAAGCCAACGCUUUAUCCUGUGGCGAGUGCAUACAAGUGGGGGCUAAAUGUGGAUGGUGCACAGAUCCAGAGUUUCUGAAGCAGGGAGAGCCGACGUCGGCGCGGUGUGAUGAGCUGGAGUCGCUCAGGAAGAGAGGCUGCGCCGCCGCCAAGAUCGAGAACCCUCACGGGAGCCAAAAGAUCCUUAAGAACAAAGCAGUGACCAACCGCAAGAAAGGAGCAGAGAAACUCCGACCUGAGGACAUUACUCAGAUCCAGCCUCAGAAACUCAGCCUCAAUCUCAGAUCUGGGGAACCUCAGAAUAUCAAACUGAAGUUCAAGAGGGCUGAGGAUUAUCCCAUAGACCUGUACUACCUGAUGGACCUGUCCUACUCCAUGAAGGAUGAUUUGGAGAACGUCAAGAAUCUAGGGACUAGUCUGAUGAAGGAAAUGUCCAAGAUCACCUCAGAUUUCAGAAUAGGUUUUGGCUCUUUUGUGGAGAAGACGGUUAUGCCGUAUAUCAGCACGACUCCAGCCAAGCUCCUGAACCCCUGCACAGGGGACCAAAACUGCACCAGCCCCUUCAGCUACAAAAACGUGCUGAAACUCACCAGCAACGGGGAGCAGUUUAACGUGCUGGUGGGAAAACAGCAGAUAUCUGGCAACCUGGACUCACCUGAAGGGGGAUUUGAUGCCAUCAUGCAAGUGGCUGUCUGUGGAGAGCACAUCGGCUGGAGAAACGUCACUCGUUUAUUGGUUUUCUCCACAGACGCAGGUUUCCAUUUUGCCGGCGAUGGCAAACUAGGUGGAAUUGUGCUUCCUAAUGAUGGGAAAUGCCACUUAGAAAACAACAUGUACACCAUGAGCCAUUAUUACGAUUACCCGUCCAUCGCCCACCUGGUUCAGAAACUGAGUGAAAACAACAUCCAGACCAUCUUUGCAGUUACGGAGGAGUUUCAGCCUGUUUACAAAGAACUUAAAAACCUGAUCCCUAAGUCUGCAGUGGGGACGCUUUCGGCAAACUCCAGCAAUGUUAUCAAUCUGAUCGUUGAUGCCUACAAUUCUCUUUCCUCAGAGGUGAUUCUUGAGAACAGUAAGCUUCCUGAAGGAGUGACCAUCACCUAUCAAUCACGCUGUAAGAACGGGGUCGUGAAUGAGGGAGAAAAUGGAAGGAAGUGCUCGAACAUCUCUAUUGGAGACGAGGUAUCGUUCAACAUUAACAUCACGGCUCAAGGCUGCCCCAAACAAGGCAAACCUGAAACCAUUAAGAUCAAGCCGCUGGGCUUCACUGAGGAGGUGGAGAUCAUGCUCAAUUUCAUCUGCGAGUGCGAAUGUCACAAGCACGGCAUCAAGAACAGUGACUUGUGUCAUAACGGCAACGGGACGUUUGAGUGCGGAGCCUGCAGGUGCAAUAAGGGCCGUGUUGGCAGGCAGUGUGAAUGUCGAAAAGACGAGGUGUCUACCGAGGACCUGGACAAGAACUGCCGCAAGGACAACAGCACGGACAUCUGCAGCAAUAACGGCGAGUGCGUGUGCGGCACCUGCGAGUGCAAGAAACGGGACAAUCCCGAAGAACGCUACAGCGGCAAAUUCUGCGAGUGCGACAACUUCAACUGCGACCGCUCCAAUAAUAAACUCUGUGGAGGACACGGCCGCUGUGAGUGCAGGGUGUGUAUCUGUGACGCUAACUACACAGGAAGCGCGUGCGACUGCUCUCUAGACACUUCCACCUGCUUAGCCUCCAACAAGCAGAUCUGUAACGGCAGAGGGAUCUGUGAGUGCGGGACCUGCAGGUGCACCGACCCCAAGUUCCAGGGGCCCACCUGUGAGAUCUGCCCCACCUGCCCCGGAGUCUGUACUGAACACAAGGAGUGUGUGCAGUGCCGUGCGUUCGGCACAGGAGAGAAGAAAGACACGUGUGAGAGAGACUGUAGCUACUUUAACCUCAUCAAGGUGAAGGAUAGAGAUAAACUCCCUCAGCCGGUGCAGGCCUUCCCCCUCAUGCACUGCAAGGAGAGAGACGCCAACGACUGCUGGUUCUACUACACCUACGCCGUCAACAACACGGAGAAGGAGGUGCAUGUGGUGGAGACUUUAGAGUGUCCGGCGGGUCCUGACAUCAUCCCCAUCGUAGCGGGCGUGGUCACAGGCAUCGUUCUGAUUGGUCUAGCUCUGCUCCUGAUCUGGAAGCUGCUCAUGAUCAUUCACGACCGCCGUGAGUUCGCUAAGUUCGAGAAGGAGAAGAUGAACGCCAAGUGGGACACGACAGAGAAUCCAAUUUACAAGAGCCCUAUUAAUAAAUUCAAGAACCCAAACUAUGGACGUAAAGCUGUGGCUCUAUAAGGAGAGAACCCCAUCUACAAGAGUGCCGUCACAACUGUGAUCAACCCCAAAUAUGAAGGCAAAUAAUGGACAUGGGUAUCACACAAAUGAAUGUUUUGGAAGGGAUAGGUUUGCAGAUAUCCUUAGUUUUCCUUUAAAUUGUUUAUUUUCCCAAUGUAUGUCAUUCUUUUAGAACAGUAUUGUAGCUCUGUAGUAGUAUUUUAUGAAAGACUGGCUGCCUCUCGUCCCUUGCAAACAUGUACAGUUUGUAUAGUCUUUUUAUUUACAUCCGUUUCUCUUUUAAACCCUGUGUACAUUCACACAUUUGCCCUUUUCAAACAGAACAGAUAUUUGUGCCUUUGCAUAGUGUUUUACUUUAAGCUGCAGUGCAAAUGGAUCCUUGAACCAUUCAAAAAUUGCAAAAACAUUUAAAAACAUCAUAUACAUUUUUGUUAAUAUUCCAUCAUGUUCUUUCUGCAUUUAAACUUUGUCAUCAGUCAUAUGUUGGCUAUUUACUGAUGUAUAUGUGAUUUCUUUUUUUUUUUUUUUUUGGGCUGAUGUAAGUUUGAGUUUGAUAUGUUAAUAAUCUAUGCAUAUUCACUUACUGUCAGACACAUCUUGCAUUUCAUGCCAAAAAUGUCUUUGUUUCUUUGUUUUUAGUGCAGCUUAUUUCUCACUUAUUGUUGCUCUUAGGAAAUCAUUAUGACACGUGUCUUGUGUUCAGCUGAAAAUGUCUGUGUAUUUUAUAUGUUAUGAAGGACUGUUUGUUGAAUUAUGCGGCUCUUGAUGAGUAUCAGUGUAUUCAGGUGAUAUCCUGUAGUUUGUAGACAAAUGUCCUUAAACUGCUCAUUAGAAAUGGGCAGACUUAUUGAUACCUACAGAUUUCAAAUAUGUUUUCAGGUAGUGUUUUAAACGAAAAAGAAAAAGGACAUUGUAAUUUGCAUAUUUGAAGUCAAAGAUAAAGCUCUUUGUUGUUAAGACAAUUAUCUGGAAAAACGGAAGAAUUAGUGUAGUUUUGUGUUUAAAUGUUCAUAUCAUAUACGCAAAGGUACAACAACCCUUUAUUUUUACUUAUUUUAACUGAACAUAAGCAGACUGAAUCAUUUAAAUUUACAGGGAUGCUUGACAAAAUAAUAAAUGUGACCCUGGACCAAAAAAAAAAACAGUUAUAAGUAUCACAGGUACAUUUGUAGCAAUAGCCAACAAUACAUUGUAUGGGUCAAAAUUACUGAUUUUUCUUUUAUGCCAAAAAUUAUUAGGAUAUUAAGUAAAGAUCAUGUUCCUUGAAGAUAUUUUGUAAAUUUCCCACCGUAAAUAUAUCAACACUUAAUUUUUGAUUAGUAAUAUGGAUUGCAUAUGUAUGAUGUAUAAAUCUCAUAAUUUCAGAAAAUUGAUUCGUAUGACUGGUUUUGUGGUCCAGGGUCUCAAAUAUCAAGCUGAAGGAUGACAAACAGAUGGCCUGCCACAACAGCCAAUCUACCAGCUUGACUUUCUUUUUUUUUUUUUUAAGUGCCUUUUUCUGAUUUUCUCAGUAUUGCAAUUUUGAAUUUAUUUAUUAAAACAAAAUCUAAAAGAC